CUCCUCUCUCUGUGGUGUUGUUUGCAGGGAGACCUCCGGGGAUGAGUUUUGUGGUGCGCAGGAAGGCGCGGGCCGCGCUGGCCAUCGCCAUGGUGAACUGCUACAGGAAGCUGAAGAAGCACAAGCGUCACCGCGCGUUCUGGACGAAGGACUACCUGGCCACCCGGGACUCCAUGCCUCAGACCUCCAUCCUGCCAGAGAUCCGGGAGAACGACCCCGACGAUUUCCGCAACCUGCUGAAGAUGUCCGACGAGAACUUCAACCAUCUCCUGAGGAAGGUGACGCCGCUGAUCCAGAAGCAGGACACGUGUAUGAGGAAGUCCAUCUCCGCCGAGCAGAGGCUGGUGGCCACCCUGAGGUUCCUGGCCACCGGGCGCUCCCUGGAGGACCUCAAAUUCUCCACCGCCAUCUCCCCGCAGGCGCUGGGGGUCCUGAUCCCCGAAACCUGCCACGCCAUCAUCCAGGUCCUGAAAGGGAAGUACUUCCGGUUCCCCGCGACGUCCGAGGAUUGGCACUUCAUGUCGAGUCAGUUUGAAGAAUUGUGGAACUUCCCGAAUUGCGGCGGGGCGAUAGACGGGCGGCACGUGCGCAUCAACCCCCCCCACCACAGCGGCUCCAUGUACUACAACUACAAGGGGUUCUUCAGCAUCGUCGUCAUGGCCAUCGUCAACGCCAACUGCGAGUUCAUAAUGGUCGACGUCGGCAAGAACGGCAAGUUCUCGGAUGGCGCGGUCAUCGAGCAAACCCACUUCUACGAGAAGCUGAAGGAGAAGCAGCUGAAGUUGCCGGACUCCACCGAGACCAAAGAAGGCCUCAACUUUGUCUUCGUGACCGACGAGGCCUUCGCCCUGGACGACCACAUCCUGAGGCCCUAUUCCCAGAAGGCCCCGACCCGACCACAGAAGAUCUUCAAUUACCGCCUGGCCAGGGCGAGGCGUGUGGCGGAGAACGCCUUCGGCCUCCUUUCCAACCGCUUCAGGAUCUUCCGCACCACCAUCAACUUGUCGCCGCACAAGAUCGAACUGGUGGUCAUGGCCUGCUGUCUCCUCCACAACUUCCUGCGGCGGUGCAACGCCGACGAGUAUUCCCCAGUCCACAUGCUGGACCGGGAGAGCAUGGAGGACGCCGCCUUCGUUCCCGGCGAUUGGCGGUCCGAGAGCGCGGGGCUCGUGCCGCUGCAGUCCAUGGAGGGCCAGAAACCAGACGCCGACGCCAAACUCAGCCGGCAGAAGUAUACGGAGCACUUCAACGGAGCCGGCGCGGUGGAGUGGCAGGAGGCCAUGGUGGAGAACGGAGUCAUGGACUAUGAACCAUUUCCAGCCAAUGACGUGUGAGGGGUGU